AUGAGUACUGACGGAAUUACGGAUUCGUUAAAUGAUUUGACCCUGAAGAAUGGCAGGGAUGCACCAAAAAAGACCACAAAACCCAAGGUGACGUACGAUAAGGCUGCCCUCAAGGAACGAUGGAAGAUCUUGGGCGCAGAUCCAGAACAAAGCAUCUUAUCCAUGAUCCGCAAAGCUUGUAUGAAUACGUUUGCUCGCAAAGAUUUCUUCAAGAUCCUGCAGAUGAUCAAACACAGUUUCGUUCAGCGUGAUUACGAAGGCAUCUUCACAGAAGCUAUCAACUUGGAAGUCUAUACAGCAGCCUAUAUACCAGGACGAGCACUGUGCUAUUUCGAGAUAUUUUGCAGACCUCAGCUACUGAAAUUCCUCGCCAAACAAAGUCGAAUCUACUGUGUCGGCUCUGGAUCCGGCUCAGAGCUAACAGCCAUUGCCGCUGCCAUGACCAGAGUACCUGCCGAACGUCAGCAAGUGAGUUUAAUCAUGCAGGAUAUUGGAGAGUAUAAGGCUGUGCUGGAUUCGCUAGAGACAACUAUUCGAGAAAAGUGGCUACUGACUGAACAGCAGCUGCAAUGCACCUAUGAACAAAGCGAUGUCCUGGAUGCUGACAACCGCGAGAUCGAUACAAGGCUACAGGAGGCAGAUCUGAUUACAUUUAUGUUUGUGAUGAACGAGCUGUUUGUCAAGAAGGCAGCAGCCAUGGCUUUGAUACAGAAGAUGGUGAAAUCCAUGAAGAAAGGGGCACAUUUGUUGGUGGUUGAAUCUGCUGGAUCGUUUUCUCAUUUAAAAGUAGGAAACAAGACGUAUAUGGUGUACAUGUUGUUGGAUGCCAUUCAGGAUUUGGAAUUAGUAGUCGGGGAGGACUCUCGCUGGUAUCGACAUCCUGACCACUUAAAAUAUCCUAUAGAUGUGCAGAACAUGAGAUACUUUAUUCGUUUGUACAAGAAGAAAUAA